GCGAGGAGAAGAGAGGAGCAAAGCGGAGCGCGCCAUGGAGGCGGGCGCCGGGGGCUCGCGGGCGCUGCCGGCGGGUGAGGGGCGGCCGCGCGCCCACCUGGCCGCGCUGGUGCUGGCGCGCGGCGGCAGCAAGGGGAUCCCGCUGAAGAACAUCAAGCUGCUGGCGGGGGUUCCGCUCAUCGGCUGGGUGCUGCGCGCCGCCAGCGACGCCGGCGUCUUCCACAGUGUAUGGGUUUCUACAGACCAUGAUGAAAUUGAGAAGGUUGCAAAGCAGUUUGGCGCUCAAGUCCAUCGCAGAAGCCCCGAAGUUUCUCAAGACUCUUCAACUUCUCUAGAAGCUAUCAGAGAGUUUCUUAAUCAUCAUCAUGAGGUUGAUAUUGUAGGAAAUAUUCAAGCAACAUCUCCCUGUUUACAUCCCAGUGAUCUUAUAAAAGUGGCAGAUCUGAUCCAGAAGGAGGGGUUUGAUUCUGUCUUCUCUGUUGUCAGACGGCAUCAAUUUAGAUGGAGCGAGGUAAAAAAAGGAGAAAACAAAAUGACAGAGCCUCAAAACCUGAACCCAGCAAAACGGUACCGGAGGCAAGAUUGGCCUGGGGAGCUGUAUGAAAAUGGCUCAUUUUAUUUUGCCAAGAGACAUUUGAUUGAGAAAGGCUAUUUGCAGGGUGGUAAAAUGGCCUACUAUGAAAUGCGUGCAGAGCACAGUGUGGAUAUCGACAUAGACAUUGAUUGGCCUAUUGCAGAACAGAGAGUAUUGAGCUUUGGAUAUUUUGGCAAAGAGCCAUUAAAAGAGGUGAAGCUAUUGGUUUGCAGUAUUGAUGGAUGCCUGACAAAUGGUCGCAUUUAUGUGACAGAAGAUCAGAAGGAAAUGGUCUCCUACGAUUAUAGAGAUAUUGUUGGUAUCGAUCUAUUAAAGAAAAGAGGAAUCCAGGUUCGACUCAUCUCUGAAAGAGAUUGUUCAAAAACACUGUCAGCCUUACAGCUGGGAUGUAUAGCAAAAGUUAGUGCAACAAAUAAAUUACAAGUCCUGGAGGAAUGGCAAAAAGACAUGGGUUUGAGCUGGAAAGAAGUUGCUUACUUAGGAAAUGAAGAGUCUGAUGUGGAAUGCCUGAAGAAAGCUGGCAUGAGUGGUGUGCCUGCUGAUGCUUGUGCUGUUGCUCAGAAGGCUGCUGGUUAUAUUUGUAAAAGCAAUGGUGGCUGUGGAGCUGUCCGGGAGUUUGCAGAACACAUAUUCCUGUUGUUAGAAAAAGUGAACUCUGCAAGAAAGCAAAUGGAAGAAGUGAGUUCAGCAGGAAAGGAAGCACAGGGAAAUGAGAACAGUAGGAGAGGAAAUAAGGAACUAAUAAAAAAAUAGUAUCACAGUUGGUCAAUCCUGCUUUUCUUUUCCCCUUCCUCUCUCAGUAAGUCUGUAUCCCAAAGGAUGGCUUAUCUUUAAAGUUUUACACUGCAGUAGAGGUAAAAAAUAUGUUUUCCUCUAAUUUAAGGUCCCACUUUAAGACAAUUCGUGAUUGUAUGCUGAUAAUCAUCAUCAUAUCCAUGAUUAUUUUAAAAGCCAUUUAAGUGCAAUGGAAGAAAUGCUACAAAAAGUAGUGUCCUAUAAAUUUACUCUUAAUCAUUGCACCUGUCCUACAGGAAUUGUGUGUCUUUAUUUCAUAAUCUGAAUAUUUUCAGGGAUCAAUGAUUUUGCAUGACUUGAAGACUUGUAAUUCAGACUUUAAAAAAAAAAAGUCAGUUUUGCUCAUUUUAUUUACAUUUCCUUUAUCAAAUGUCAAUAUGAUGUUGUAGUUGCGAGCUUGCCUUUUAUGGGAUUCAUCCUUAGUAAGGAAGAGGGCUUUUUAGCAUAUGCUGGAGACGUCAGGUGUAAAAUAAGUAUCAAACUUCUUCCUAUAUUUUUAAAAGACAGCUCAGUUACUGUAAAACCAGUUAAUAUUAGUUAAGAAAAGCACUUAAGCAUUUCUUCAAUUUUAAGCUCUUAAAUAAUUAAAUGGCCUUUGGAAUUGUGCCUCUUAUCUUUUAAUCUGUUUAUGUUGGGUUUUAUUGAAAAGUUGAAAGUAACAUACCCAAAUGCUUUGCCAAAUUUGGAGUUAAAUUUCCUAUUAACUUUGAGAUCUUCCCUUUGCAGAAACUCUUAUGAAGGCUUUAUUACAACCCCUAAUGAUUAAAAAUUUAAAAAAAAAUCUUUAUUGUAUGGAAAAGUAACUGCUGUUUAAAAAACACAAAGCAUAGUUGUUGAUUGCAAGUUUAUAUAAAAUAUAUAUUCAGACUUUUUAGCAUGUUAAUUUAAAGCUGAUGUAUAUGUAUGUUUGGUUUUAUGUAAUAUACAAUUUUUCCUGUGUCUUCAUUUAAAGAACUCAGCUAUCUGUAAAAAGAUUUGUAGAACUGACACUAAAAAUACACAUCAGUUUUCAGUCCUGGUA